GUCCACAGGGAAGCUGGUCACUGCUGGCACAGGAUGCACUGUGCUGCAGUGCUGGGUGCUGCACAAGCAGCCUCCACUGCUCCUCUCCUCCGGGCUCGGCUCCUGGGGAUAGCAAGGCACACUAUGACCAGCCUGCUCCACGUCCCUCCACCCCAGGGGCUGCUUCGACCCCUGGCUGUGCCAGAGAGGCUGCUGCUUGGGCCAGGGCCCAGCAACGUUCCCACCCGCAUCCUGGCGGCGAGCGGCCGGCAGCUCCUGGGCCACAUGCACCCCGAGGUGCUGCAGGUGAUGGAUGAGAUCAAGGCAGGGAUCCAGUACGCCUUCCAGACGCGGAACCCGCUGACCCUGGCCAUCAGCGGCACCGGCCACUGCGCCAUGGAGGCUGCUCUCCUCAACCUCCUGGAGCAGGGGGACACCGCCCUGGUGGCCAUCAAUGGCAUCUGGGGACAACGUGCUGCCGAGAUUGGCAGGAGGCUGGGAGCUGAUGUUCAUGAGCUGCUGAAGCCCCCGGGUGAGUACUUCACUCCAGGGGACAUUGAGGAGGGCCUGGCACAGCACAAGCCCUCGGUGCUCUUCAUCACCCAUGGCGAGUCCUCCACAGGGGUGCUGCAGCCACUGGAGGGGCUGGGCCAGCUGUGCCACCGGUAUGGCUGCCUGCUGCUUGUGGACGCAGUGGCAUCCCUUGGGGGAGCCCCCAUCUUCAUGGACCAGCAGGAGAUUGACAUCCUGUACACAGGGUCUCAGAAGGUCCUCAACGUGCCCCCUGGCAGUGCUCCCAUCUCCUUCAGCCAGCGAGCCAGGGAGAAGAUGCUGAGGAGGAAGACGAAGCCCCAAUCCUUCUACCUGGACAUGGCCUGGCUAGCAAACUACUGGGGCUGUGACGGGGAGCCACGAAGGUACCAUCACACAGCACCAAUCAACAGCCUCUUCAGCCUGCGGGAAGGCUUGUCCAUGCUGGCCGAGAUGGGUCUGGAGAGGUCAUGGGAGCGCCACCAAGAACACUGUGCCCAGCUGUGCCAGGGGCUGCGUGACCUGGGCCUUGAGCUCUUUGUGAAGGAGGAGAAGGCCAGACUUCCCACCAUUACCACUGUCAAGGUGCCUGAGGGCUACGACUGGAAGGAGAUCACAGCCUUUCUCAUGGACACCUGUGCCAUCGAGAUUGCUGGGGGCCUGGGCCCCACAGCGGGCAAGGUCCUGCGCAUCGGCCUCAUGGGCUGCAACUCGACCAGGAGCAACGUGGAGCGUGUGCUGGGUGCCCUGCGGGACGCCCUCGGGCGCUGCCGCCGCAGCAGGAUGUGACCCCCUGCGGCGAGGGGGCCGGACGAGGCGGUGCGGGACUUCCCUGCGUGCCGGCAAGACGGCGGGAAGAGGGGCACUGCUGCCUCUCUGGGGUGCGGUCCGGAGACGCUGCAACACCCAAGCCAGGGAGAGAAGGAGAAGCUGGAAGAGCAGGGGAUGUGGAGGUGAGGGCUGCCGCUCGGCAAAGGCAGGAGGUGGCUCAAAACCCCUUCUCCCAGUGCCCCACGCAGGGUCGAUCCUCGUCCUGGUGGUCUCCUCCCCCAGCUCCUCCCCUUCCCCUGGCCCCACAGCGCAGCAGCCCCACUGCAAGCUGGCACAGGGGCUGGAUACAGGAUCCAACCACAGGUCCCUUGCCCUCCCAUCACCCUCAGUUGCCCUUGCACCAGAGUCCAGCAACACAGGAUGCCAGCCACCCACCCCAGAUUAGGUACCCUGGGAUUCAACACCCACCCACCCCAGGACUCAGCUCCCCCAGGGGAGCUGAGAGUCCACACAUGCAGUCCCAGCUGCAGCACCAGUACCAUCCUUCCUCAAUAAAGUGCUUUGGCAGCGUGCUGCUCCCUGGCCCCACA